GGCUAGGUGCACCCGCAACAGUCGACUCCCGGGCCAUUGCCAUGGGAGUGAGCAUAGGGGAAAAGGCCUGCGGUUCAGGCACAGAGUUUGGCGCGCGGAGUUUGCAGGUGCCAUGUCGUUCCCUCUGCCGCCGAAGCCCCGGUGUCGACUCUGCGACCUCGAAGUGGCCGAGAAGGUGAUCGGUGAAGGGUCCUUGGCUUUGGUGCGCAUCGCCACCGAGAAAGCCACGGGGAAACGCUUUGCAUUGAAGGCCUUUGACCGGGGGAUUCUGCGCAGCAACCACAAGGAGGCAGAUGUGACAAUCGAGGAGCAUUGCCUUCGAAGAGCCAACCACCCUGGAAUCGUCAAAAUCUACGCGUCCUUCCGAGACGAGGCAUGGCACUACUUCACGCUGGAGCUGUGCCCCGGCGGCGAUUUGUGGACAAUGGUGCGUCAUGUGGGGUGCGAGGAGCAUCUUGCAAGGCACUACCUGUCCCAAAUUCUUGAAGUCGUGCAGUAUCUCAGAGACGCAUCCAUUGUGCAUCGGGACUUGAAGGCUGAGAACGUCCUCAUCGGAGCAAAAGGAAAUUGCAAAUUGAUUGACUUUGGCAGUGCCAAAGACUUGGCGAACCCACAGGUGAAAGGCGCUGGCACGCAUAACUUCAAGACCGUCAUGCAGGACUAUGUGGGAACAUCUCACUUCAUGGCUCCAGAGGUGGUCAAGAAUCAAUGCUCGGAUUUCCGGUCGGACACAUGGUCUUUGGGCUGCUUGGUCUUCGAGGUUCUCACUGGCAUGCCGCCCUUCUAUGGAGGGACCCUUUGUCGCGUGUACAAAAAGAUCAGCCGCGCCCAGCUGGACUUGCCGGCACAUUGGCUCAGCGCCGCCGCCACAGACCUCAUCCUGCGCAUGGUGGUCCAGGAUCCAGACGCCCGGCUGGGAGGGCAUGACCUUCGAGAGCUAGAGGAGCAUCCCUUCUUUGGCCUGGGCUUUGCAGGCGCGCACAAGCGUGCAGCGCCCGUGCGCAGCUUGGAGGAGAUGUGCCUUCGACAUAUUGGACGACAUUGGAAAGAGUUGGGGGAGAGAGCUCAGCUUCUUGCUGCCAAAGAAACCAAGUUGAGACAGGAGGCAGUUUCAACCUUGCAGCGCAUGGCCGACGUCCACGAGCUGAUGGGCGGCAAAGCCGACGAGGGCGAGACGUCUUUGUCCGAGGAAGAUGGGGAAGAUCCUUGAAUAUCCUUGACACCUCUGACGCCAGAGGUGAAAAGAGUGUUUGGC